AAGAAGUCCUGAAGAUUGAUGGAGGGCCAUGCUAUUCAAACAGCAGGUGUUGCUGAAACAGAAGCUCCUUGUGCUAGGCAGCCUUGCUAUUGGAAGUCUCCUAUAUCUAGUUGCCAGAGUUGGGAGCUUGGAUAGACUGCAGCCCCUUUGCCCCAUUGAUGGUCGAUUUGGACUCCAUGGCCAAGAUGACAUUCCUGUCCGAGCUAUCCAGUUUAAGCGUGGGCUGUUACAUGAGUUCCGAAAGGGAAAUGCCAGCAAGGAGCAAAUUCGACUUCACAGUUUGGUCCAGCAGAUCCCCAAGGCCAUAAUAAUUGGAGUGAGGAAAGGAGGAACACGGGCAUUGCUUGAAAUGCUUAAUCUCCAUCCAGCAGUGGUCAAAGCUUCUCAAGAAAUCCACUUCUUUGAUAACGAUGAGAACUAUGCCAAGGGCAUUGAGUGGUACAGGAAAAAAAUGCCAUUUUCUUAUCCUCAUCAAAUAACAAUUGAGAAAAGUCCUGCAUACUUUAUCACUGAGGAGGUACCUGAAAGGAUUUAUAAAAUGAACUCAUCCAUCAAAUUGCUGAUCAUUGUCAGGGAACCCACAACAAGAGCUAUUUCUGAUUAUACUCAGGUGCUGGAGGGAAAGGAAAGGAAGAAUAAAACCUACUACAAAUUUGAAAAGCUGGCCAUUGAUCCCAACACCUGUGAGGUGAACACUAAAUACAAGGCAGUAAGAACCAGCAUCUACACAAAACAUCUGGAAAGGUGGCUAAAGUAUUUUCCCAUAGAGCAAUUUCAUAUUGUUGAUGGUGACCGUCUCAUUACAGAACCGCUGCCAGAACUCCAGCUGGUAGAGAAGUUCUUAAAUCUUCCUCCAAGGAUAAGUCAAUAUAAUUUAUAUUUCAAUGCCACCAGAGGGUUUUACUGCUUGCGAUUUAACAUUGUCUUUAACAAGUGCCUGGCAGGAAGCAAGGGACGCAUCCAUCCAGAGGUGGACUCCUCUGUCAUUACCAAAUUGCGCAAGUUCUUUCACCCUUUUAAUCAGAAAUUUUACCAGAUCACAGGGAGGACAUUUAACUGGCCCUAAAGUGAAUUUCAUACAACACUGUGUGUUGCACCCAGAGAUAUGCAACUGUGUCUCUCUUAGAGUAAAAAUAUGCACUUUUCGUAUACACAAAGUAACCUUUUUUCAUGCAUACUUGGACAUAUGCAGUGUGUGACCAAAUAUAAGGUGGGAUCAAUUUUUCUACAGAGCAGUGAAUAACAUAAAAUUUACUCUCUGCAUAAUUGCAUCGUUUUGUGCUAUACAAUUAAAUAAGAAGACAUCAUUUAAAGAAAUUAACUCAGCUGUUCAGUUCAAGGGUCAGUACUCUAUUUGUUCCAUAAAAUUUAAUACCAAACAUAUCUGGAGAGGAGGGAGACUAUUAUUUUAAAAAAUCAUUGAAAGAGCUGUUUUAGAAAGUCUGUACUAGACUGUUGUGGAUACAUACUGCUAAAAGAAUAUUGACCCUUUAGAGGUGUAAAUCUAUGCUUCAGACUUAUAUUGGUUCCCUUUUGAGGACAAUGAAAAUUGUAUGUCUGGGAUGGAGUGGGCAGGAGGGUGGGGUGGUACAGAUCUCCAAGGGAGAAUUCUCAUCUGCUUACACUUUGCGGCAUUUUUUGAGGGAAACCAUGCCCAUUAAACUGGUUGAAACUCAAUAUAAGUUUGCAGUGUAAAUGUAUACUCUGUGUGAUGCUGAGUUUUCUUGGAAUUCUUUUCCUAUUGUUUGAAAAGAAAUUCUCUCAUGCAAUCAACAUUGUUUCAAAUUUCCUGUGGUGAGUUUGCACUAUUGUUUUAUAUCGUAUCGAUCAUCUUGGCACUUGUAGCAUGUCAAUCAUGUGUCGGAAAAGAAGUCUUUUUUCUUUCUUUCUAUGCUUGUAUGUUGACAAAGAGAAACCUGCUGUACAUAAUGUAUAUUGUUUGUAAAUACUGGUUUCACACUAAGUAAUUCUAUUUUGUAAACUGAAUAUGGCUAUUUAAUUUAUUGUGAAAAUUAAAUUUAUUGUGGUAUUUAAAAAUGGAAUGGAUUAAAAUUGCUAUAUGUGCAACUGGUUUUCUCUUUCUCUUUGACAAAUGUUUGAUGAUCUUCUAUAAUGCCUCUUUAUUUCAAACCAAUUUUGAUGAGUUAGAAGUCUGGGGGCUCCAGUAUCUACUACAGCACAGUUUCUUCAAAAAGAUGUCCCUGGAGACUGAAAAGUGUUUCUGUAAU